AUGUCUUUUUCCACCACAGCAGAAAUCUACCAAUUCGGAGGCAAGUUGCUUAAAUUGUCCCAUGACUCCACGUCUACGAAAACAAAGAUGGACGUCAACGUCUUCGUACCUCCCUCCAAGUCCGACAAGAUCCCAGUCUUGGUGUACUUAUCGGGAUUGACUUGUACUCCCAACAAUGCUUCGGAGAAGUCCUUCCUCCAGUACUUUGCGGCUAAAUAUGGAUUUGCCUUAGUGUUUCCAGAUACUUCGCCAAGAGGGGCCAACAUUGCUGGCGAGGACGACUCAUACGACUUCGGCACCGGUGCUGGAUUCUAUGUAGAUGCUACCCAGGAACCUUGGGCAACUAACUACAACAUGUACUCGUACGUGCACAAAGAGCUCUUGGAGAAGUUGGCUGAACAUUUCCCUUCUUUGGAUUUUGGCAAUAUCUCCAUCACCGGCCAUUCCAUGGGAGGAUACGGUGCACUUUCUGGCUUCUUCAAGAACCCAGGAAAAUAUAAGAGUGUGAGUGCUUUUGCCCCAAUCUGCAACCCUCUGAACUGUGCGUGGGGCGAGAAGAACUUUGGCAACUACUUGGGAAGCGAUAAGGCUGACUGGUACAAGUACGACCCAACCCACUUGAUCAAAGAGUCCCCACAGUAUCAGCCAGAUAUUUUGAUUCAUCAAGGCGCAGCCGAUGGCUUCUAUGCAAAGGACAAGUACUUACAGCCAGAGAAUCUUGUCAAGGCAGCUGAAGAGUCGGGUUACAAGGGCAAGAUCGACUUGAACAUCGUCGAUGGCUACGAUCAUCUGUACUUCUUUAUCAGUUCGUUUGUUGAGGAGCACGCCAAACACCACGCCAAGGCAUUGGGUUUAGAAUAG